AUGCACUCCGGUUUCAAGAACGCCUGGGAAGAAAUCUCCUCCGCCGUCGUAUCCGCCGUCAACAGCGGCCUGGCCAGCAACCCCUCGUACAAGGUCGUCGUCACCGGCCACUCCCUCGGCGGCGCCGUCGGCACCAUUGCCGGCGCCCACCUCCGGAGGGUCCUGUCCAAGUCCAUCGACAUCUUCACCUACGGUUCCCCCGCCCACUACCGCGUCACCCACGGUUCCGACCCCGUCCCGCGCCUGCCGCCCGCCAUCCUCGGCUUCCGCCAUACUACCCCCGAGUACUGGAUUGCCGCCAAUGCCGCCGACGACGGCGUCUGGGCCGCCAACGAGAUCACCGUCUGCACCGGCACCAGCAACCUUUCUUGCAACGGCGGCACCAUCCUCCUCGCCGUCGAUGCCCACCUGAGCUACUUCCAGAGUGUCGGUGGCUGCUCAGCCGCCUCCCGCAGGGACGAAGACGAGUCCGUUUCCGAGGAGCUGCUCGCUGAGAGGGUCAAGACCCUCUCCCUUCUUGACCAGGAGUACUUCAGGAACCUUGGCGACAAUGCUCCCUAA